CUGCUCGCAGUGACGCGCGGCGGCUGCACCUCGCAACAUGUUCACCGGUGCACUGCUCGCUUUUGUGUGUAUCCUGGGAACCACGACAGUCGCAGCAGAUGAUGCUGUCAAGAAAAAUGCUGGUCCGCUGACGGUGACUCCGUCUGGUCAGUUCCGCGGCUCGUGGAUGGAGUCGCGGCGCGGACGACGCUUCCAGGCUUACCGCGGGAUACGAUACGCCGAGCCGCCCGUGGGAGAGCUCAGGUUCCAGCCCCCGAAGCCGAUCCUCACAUACUCCGGCGAGGUGGACGCGACAGAGGACGGGCCGGCGUGCCCGCAGCACGCGCCACCCGGCUACCCAGUUGAUGAAGACUGUCUCACUAUCAACGUCUAUACUCCUCAUAAUAACAGCAGCUCAAAGCCCCUGCCGGUGAUCUUCUUCAUCCACGCUGGAGGGUUCUAUUCCAUGUCGGGACGCAGCGACAUCGCCGGGCCGCACUACUUGCUCGACAGAGAUGUGGUGCUUGUCACCAUCAACUAUAGACUAGCUUCACUUGGUUUCCUAUCCCUGGGCAACAAGUUAGCUCCCGGUAACAACGGCUUCAAGGACCAGGUGAUGGCACUCCGCUGGGUGCAGCGGAACAUCGCCUCGUUCGGGGGAGACCCGCACCUCGUCACCAUCGCGGGCUGCAGCGCUGGCUCGCUCAGUGUCAUGCUGCACAUGAUAUCCCCAAUGACUAAAGGCUUGUUCCACCGCGGCAUAUCUAUGAGCGGCUCGCCGUUCGCUAAGGCGCUCAUCCCGGCCGUCCAGUCGGACCUGGCACUGAAGCAGGCGCGCGUAUCUCACUGCCCGGAGGACAACACCACCGCGCUCUACCACUGCCUCAAGCCGAAACCUUGGAAAGAAGUCUCUGGCUCACUGCUCGGAUUCUAUGAGUUUGGCUACGACCCGCUCAGGCUCUGGCAUCCCGUGAUAGAGAAAGACUUCGGCCAAGAGCGGUACCUGGUCGAGGAGCCGAUGGAUUCGCUCCGGGAGGGCAGGGCGCGCACCGUGCCCUACAUCGUUAGCCAGACCAGUGACGAAUUCUUCUGGAAAGCAUUCACGAUCCUCAAAAACAAAACGCUGCUGGACCCGAUGAACUCCGAAUGGAAUCGAAUAGCCCCGAUCUCGUUCAUACUGCCGCGGAAUGAGACGAGCGACAGACUAGCGAGAAUAAAGCAGGCUUACCUCGGGGGCCACAAGUUGGUGAAUGAUGAGACCAGCACUCGCGGCUUGGGGAAGCUGUACGGAGAUUCUAUUACAGGUUUUCCUGUUCAUAGGCUUGCUAACCUGAUGUGCCGUCACUCGAAGCACCCUGUGUAUUACUACGAGUUCGCGUACGUUGGAAACCACAGCCACUACGAAGACUCCACCACCAAGAAACCAUUAUAUGCAGCUCACCACGACGACCUCAUUUACUUGUUCUCGUUGAGUUACCGCUACCCGAUGAUAGAUGUCUCUGACUCACACGACUCUAAAAUGGUUGACAAAAUGACUGCGAUCUGGUAUAACUUCGCUAGAUACGGGGAUCCAAACCCUCGCGAUGACACUCCAGAGCUGUCCUCAGUGACGUGGCCCACCAUGAAGCCAGGACAAAGGAACUACCUGCGACUCGGUCAGGAGUUUUCUGUUCAUCAGAAUUUGUCAGAAGACCGCUUUAAACUGUGGGACGAACUGUAUCCAAUAGUUUACUAAACAUUGUAUUUAGUGUGAUUUAAUUGACAAUAAAUACCUAAUAAACCAUUUAAUUAAUUAAAAUAAGUUGUUUGAUUAAUUAAUCAAUUAUGAUCAUUAAGAUUUUUUGAUCAAUUAGAUUUAGAUUUGCUCGAGGAAGACUUCUUUUUAAGUGUACAUGGUACAAAAGAGAUUGAAUGUAGCCAGCGAUUUCGCCCACAAGAACAUAAAAUCAGAAUAAAAACUGUCCUAUGUCAAUCCAGGUUAUAAACAUAAAGGUAACAAACUUCCUUACUAUAUGCAAUACUACAUACAAGCUUUCGAUUUGAUAACAUAAGUCUUAAAUGAAUGAAAUUAAAUGGAUGGUGGAUUAAAUGAUUUUCAACAAUCGAGUCAAAUGUCAGACCGUAUUCAGACACUUACAAUUAUGUCAGUAUGCCAGUACUCAGUGGUAAUGACCCGCGCCCUAAUCCCGUCCCAGACGCCUGCAGCAUAUCGUAUAGCAAUCAAGUAUAUCUACGAAUUCAAGUUCAGAUCGCAAGUAUGACUCAUGUUAUUGAUCGCUGCUAAUAUAGACCUUAUUUGGUCGCGAUAAAACUCUUUAUUGAUUAUCUUGCUUUUCAGCACCAAGAAUAACUAUCCAAAUCAAACUUUAUUCUUUCUUACGUAGGGUUGAAAAUGGUCGGAACAAAGUUUGAGGUUUAAGAGGCCUUCGAGAGCAAUCGCGCAUGCGUUUUGCCUCCUUUAUUCCCUACCCCUGGCAAAAUAGUGUUGGGAAUGAUUUAAAACAUAAAACAUCGAAAU